AUGCUCGUGGAUUUGGGUGGACGCGGGGGUGGACGAUGGCCGGGAGGACGUAAGGGAGCUCUGCGCAACUUUUCCCUUCUCCUUUCUAAACAGGGAGAUGACGAAGAGGCAGUGAUUGACCAAGGAAGAACGAGCAACGUCGUCAAUAUUCACUAUGAGAAGGAGGAGUUGGAAGGCCACCGGACCCUGUACGUGGGCGUGCGGAUGCCGCUGGUGAGGCAAAGCCACCGGCAUCACCGUCCCCACAGCCAGAAGCAUCGGGAACGGGAACGGGAGAAGGACUCUGCCCCGACGGAGCAGGGCUACCACUACACUCCGUCCCAGCGAGUGCAGUUCAUCCUCGGGACCGAGGAGGACGAGCAGCACGUUCCCCAUGACUUGUUCACCGAGCUGGAUGAGAUCUGCGUGAAAGAGGGUGAAGAUGCCGAGUGGAAGGAAACGGCAAGGUGGCUGAAGUUUGAGGAGGACGUGGAAGACGGCGGCGAGCGCUGGAGCAAGCCCUACGUGGCCACGCUGUCCUUGCACAGCCUCUCUGAGCUGAGGAGUUGCAUCAUCAACGGGACGGUGCUGCUGGACAUUUGUGCCAACAGCAUCGAAGAGAUUGCAGAUAUGAUCCUGGGCCCGCAAGACCAGUCCACGGAGUUUGACGAGCACGUGCGGGCAAAAGUUCGAGAAGUCCUACUGAAGAAGCAUCACCAUCAGAAUGAGAAGAAAAGAAACAACCUUCUUCCCAUCGUCCUGUCUUUCUUUUUCCUACCAGCCCAAACACUCACCCCGCAUCCUUCUCCUACCACUGCAGAAGCUAAAAAUGGGGUGAACCACGAGAGCAACGCGAUGGACUUAAGCAAGGCGCAGCUGCAUUUCAUGAAGAAAAUUCCCACCGGGGCUGAAGCAUCCAACGUGCUCGUAGGAGAGCUGGAUUUCCUUCGCCAGCCCAUCGUGGCAUUUGUCCGCCUGACCCCGGCUGUCCUCCUCUCGGGCAUGACGGAAGUUCCCAUCCCAACAAGGUUCCUGUUUGUUUUGCUUGGACCAGAAGGCAAAGCCCAUCAGUACCAUGAGAUCGGCAGGUCCAUGGCUACUAUCAUGACGGAUGAGGUUUUCCGUGACGUUGCCUAUAAAGCCGAGAACCGGGCUGACCUCGUGGCCGGCAUCGACGAGUUUCUGGAUCAGGUCACGGUCUUGCCGCCAGGAGAAUGGGAUCCAUCGAUCCGAAUCGAGCCCCCGAAAAACGUCCCUUCGCAGGGAAAAAGGAAGAUGCCAGGAGCUCUCGAUGACAGUGCUUCUCACAGCAAGCCAGAGAAACACAGUGGUCCUGAACUGGAGCGCACGGGAAGGCUCUUUGGAGGUUUGAUCCUGGACGUGAAGCGCAAAGCCCCGUGGUUCUGGAGCGACUUUCGGGAUGGUCUGAGCCUGCAGUGUCUGGCGUCCUUCCUCUUCCUCUUCUGUGCCUGCAUGUCCCCUGUCAUCACCUUCGGGGGACUGCUGGGGGAGGCGACCGACGGCCACAUCAGUGCCAUGGAGUCACUGCUGGGCGCAUCCAUGACCGGCGUGGUGUAUUCCCUCUUUGCUGGCCAACCUCUCACCAUCCUCGGCAGCACUGGACCUGUCCUCGUGUUCGAAAAGAUCCUCUACAAAUUCUGCAAGGAGUACGCGCUCUCCUAUCUCUCUCUGCGGGCCUGCAUCGGGCUGUGGACUGCCUUCUUCUGCAUAGUGCUGGUGGCCACCGACGCCAGCUGUUUGGUGUGCUACAUCACCCGCUUCACCGAAGAAGCCUUCGCCUCCCUCAUCUGCAUCAUCUUCAUCUACGAGGCUCUGGAGAAGCUGAGUCACCUGCGAGAGACCUACCCUGUGCACAUGCACAGCAAGCUCGACUUCCUCACCGUCUACUACUGUAAGUGUGAGGCACCAAGCCAUCCCAGCAAGGCAACCCUGCGUUUCUGGGAGAGCAACGAGAUCAACGUGUCUGGCAUCGCCUGGGAAAACCUCACGGUGACUGAAUGUCGGUAUUUGCAUGGAGAGUUUCACGGACCUGCCUGUGGACGCAAUGGCCCCUACGCGCCUAAUGUCCUCUUCUGGUGCUGCAUCCUCUUCUUCUCCACCUUUGUCCUGUCGAGCUUCUUGAAGAAGUUUAAAAGCAGCCGUUACUUCCCAACCAGAGUGCGGUCCACAAUAAGUGACUUUGCUGUUUUCCUCACCAUCGUCAUCAUGGUGCUCACUGACUUCAUGACUGGGAUCCCGUCACCGAAGCUCCACAUCCCCCAUACGUUCAAGCCUACCAGAGACGACCGCGGGUGGUUCAUCAACCCCAUAGGACCCAACCCUUGGUGGACGGUGGUGGCUGCGCUCAUCCCAGCUCUGCUUUGCACCAUCUUGAUAUUCAUGGACCAGCAGAUCACGGCUCUUAUCGUGAACAGGAAGGAGCACAGGCUGAAGAAAGGAUGCGGGUACCACCUGGACCUCUUCAUGGUGGCCGUGAUGCUGGGGGUGUGCUCCGUGAUGGGGCUGCCGUGGUUUGUGGCUGCGACCGUCCUGUCCAUCACCCACGUGAAUAGCCUCAAAGUAGAGUCUGGCUGCUCAGCUCCAGGAGAACAGCCCAAGUUUCUGGGGAUACGAGAGCAGAGAGUCACUGGCUUGAUGAUCUUUGUGCUCAUGGGCUGCUCAGUCUUCUUCACUUCGGUGUUAAAGUUUAUACCAAUGCCUGUGCUUUAUGGCGUCUUUCUCUACAUGGGUGUGUCGUCGCUCAGAGGAAUUCAGUUCUUCGAUCGCUUGAAGCUGUUUGGGAUGCCGGCGAAACACCAGCCGGAUUUCAUCUACCUGCGGCACGUCCCCUUGCGAAAGGUGCAUUGCUUCACCAUGAUCCAGCUGAUCUGCCUCGUCCUGCUCUGGGCCAUCAAGGUGUCGCGUGCCGCCAUCAUCUUCCCCAUGAUGGUUUUGGCUCUCGUUUUUGUCCGGAAAGUGAUGGAUUUCUGCUUCUCGAAGCGAGAGCUCAGCUUUCUGGAUGACCUUAUGCCAGAAAGCAAGCAGAAGAAGUUGGACGAUGCCAAAAAUGAAGCCAAAGAAGAAGAGGAGUCCCAGAAGGUGAUGGAAGCUGCUGCUGCAAAUUGGGUUCAACUGAAAGUGGGGAAGACCAGCGACUUGGAUAUCCCACAGCAAAGCAGCGACAGGACCGAUCCUUCCGAGAUUAAUAUCUGGGAUGAAAUGUCGAAAACGACCGUGUGGAAGACUCUCCCUAUGAACACAGAAACAGUCUGA